UCAACGAUUUGGGAGCCCUCCACCCUUGCCGCCGCCGCCGCCGCCGCCGAGGGCUGCAUCCCGGGGGAAAUCGAGGGUCUGGGGAUGGACGUGGGGUCCUGCCACCUCGGCGGCAACGCCGACGCGGUGGAGUUCUGCCCGCACCGCCCCUUCCGCCACGUCCUGGCGGCCGCCACGUACACGCUGCAGGAGCAGGCGGGGGAGGAGCAGCAGCAGCAGCAGGACCGCGCGGGCACCGUGUCGCUCUUCUCCGUCGACGCCGGCGCGGAGGACGAGUCCCGACGGCUCCGGCUGCUCCACACCGUGGAGACCGCCGGCGUCUUCGACAUGAAGUGGAGCCCUACGGCGCCGCUGCUCGCGCAGGCCGACGCCCACGGCCGCCUCGUGCUCCGGCGCCUGGAGCAUGAAGACGGCUCGGACGAAGGUGUUGUUCUCACAGACGUGGUUGCUGGAAACAUUUCUUCAUCAAUGUGCUUGUAUGUGGACUGGAACCAAAAUGCCGAUUCCCUUGCCGUUGCAUUAUCAGAUGGUUCACUGUCUGUGGUUCCCAUGAGAGAGGACCGCCUGGAGGUAUCAGAACAAUGGACUGCUCAUCAGUAUGAAGUUUGGACAUGUUAUUUCGAUCGUGCAAGACCACACUUGUUGUACAGUGGAUCGGAUGACUGCUCUUUCGGUUGCUGGGAUUUGCGGGAAAGCCCAUCGAAUGCUGUGUUUCGGAAUAAGAAGACUCAUACUAUGGGUGUAUGUUGCAUUGCUCAGAACCCAUUGGAGGAGAAUAUGCUACUCACUGGAAGCUAUGAUGAAUUUCUCAGAGUUUGGGACAUGAGAUCAAUGAUGAAACCUGUGGACGAGAAGUCCCUAAAUUUAGGAGGUGGUGUAUGGAGGUUGAAAUAUCAUCCUAAUAUUCCAGAUAUCGUAUUGGCUGCAUGCAUGCACAACGGUUUUGCCAUUGUUAAAGCAGGGGCUGGAGAUGCUACCAUAAUGGAAACAUAUUGCAAGCAUGAGUCCUUAGCAUAUGGUGCAGAUUGGCAGACAAGUGAAGCAGCGGAACAUAACACAGAUUCUUCAGUUAUCGCUACUUGUUCAUUUUAUGACCGCCUUCUCCGUGUGUGGCAACCAGAGAACCUAGUCAACCACCCAACCUCUUAAGGCAUAAAACAUCAUUAUGCCCAGUUGAAGUAUCAAUAUGGCAUGGACCAACCUAUUCCCUGAAUGAACCAAAUUGAUUUCAUUCAGGUAGCUCUUUGAAUUUAUGUUAAUUUAUUUCAAAUGAUGAGCUUAUAGUAGUAUGAUGUCUAAUUUAUAGCUAGGCAUUCACAGCAAUCAGUAUUUGUUGUAAGCUUCCACAAAACUUUGAAGCUAUCUGUUCAUGUUAUUUGAGCACAAACUGUUUUGAAGUUCAUCUGGUGACUGGUGCAUAGAAGUGAUGAUUCAGCAACAAUCUAGACAUCUACCUGGAAGAGCCUCUGACUAAGCUUUUCGCUGGUCAUAAACUAAUAAUUCUGUCUGAAAACUUACAGUAUGCUGUACGCAGUGCUUUCUUAUUUUUCUUUUUGAUCACAUUCUGAUAACGGCUGGAAUGGUUACCGAUUUUACUUUUCCAGUGCAUGCACUGUUGCUUAUAUUAACCUACUGCACAGUAUGGUCAACUUGCUAAUCACAAUUCUUAAAAGUGUUGGAUCAUUGUUUUUCUUCGAUGAAAUUUGAGGUGUUG